UAACAACACCAAUCGAUAUCUGCACCCCACGUUUACCUGGCAACCCUGCGGCAGCUACCAUUUUGCAAAAGAUUUUGCUCAACACGUGUUCGCCGCUGGUUUUGUGUGGAAUUAAUAUUAAAUAUUACCUACCAUGGCUGAGGAAUCAUUCUACGGAGUCACCCUGACCGCCGAAAGCGACAGCGUCACGUGGGAUGUGGACGAGGACUACGCACGCGGCCAGAAGCUGGUCAUCAAACAGAUCCUCCUGGGCGCCGAGGCCAAGGAGAACGAGUUCAACGUGGUCGAGGUGAACACACCCAAGGACUCCGUGCAAAUUCCCAUCGCCGUCUUGAAGGCCGGAGAGACCCGCGCCGUCAAUCCCGACGUGGAGUUCUACGAGUCGAAGGUGACGUUCAAGCUGAUCAAGGGCAGCGGACCCGUCUACAUUCACGGACACAACAUCAAGGACGAUGUGGAGGUGGUCGACAUGGAGGAGGAUGACGAGGAGGACGAUGUGGCCGAGGAUGAGGAGGACGAGCACCCAAAGAAGCGCGCCAAGAUCGAAAACGCCGCCGAUGGUAAAAAUGCCAAGAACAACAAGAAGAAGUAAACUGCUGACCGCCAAUCAUCCAUCGAGGUUUAAGCUAUGAACGUGUAGAUUUUAAAGCAAAAACAGUUUUAGGCCCUAUAUUACAAUACGAUGCAUACUGAGAAUACAAUCUAGUUCCUUUUGAACAGCUCCUUUUACAUUCAAUUCAAAGACAACGUUGUGUGCUCGGGUCGUGUUAUCCCAAGCGAAUGUUCUGUCGCUCAGCCAGGAGUUCCGCUCCCGUUGGGAGCAGAUCGAACACUAAUCGAACACACAGAUUUGUAUAUAUAUUAAAGUAUAACUAAAGCUAAGCCGGACUUCCUGUACGCGCCUCCUUCAUAUUUGCAGUAUGAAAAUAAACUGUCGUCGGAAUACAAACAA